CGGAAGAAAACUUAACAUGAAAUAUUCACGUCUCUGUGACUGUCCAGUGCGCCAUCCAGUCCUCAGAAUCAACUGCAUAUUGCACCAUGAAAUACAUCGCUGUACUUUUGGUACUUCUUGGAGCCUUUGCCUACCUGCACAAGGCUGAAGCAGUCACCGGUCAAAGCAUUGCAAACGUUGCCCUGGGGUACGUGGGGAGCACUCGUUGGGCGCUUACAUCUUCGACGUGGCCUGGAACAAACACAAAUAAAUGCAACAUCUUCGUAGCAACUGUCCUUGAAGAGGCCGGGGCCAGCGUCCCUCAACGGCACUGGUGGACCUGGUCCCCGAUCGGGGCUAAUGAGUGGGCCAACUCCAACUCCAACUAUCUGACAAGCAGCAGUUGCUGGACAAGUGGCAGUGGCGGUAUCGGUAACGUGGCCGCUUUGGGGGGCCAUGUCGGCAUCGUGACCAGCUCAAGCCAAACCACCAGUGCCACCGCGACGGCGGUUGUGACCAACGACUGGGGAUUCAGGAGUGGCCAGUCCCCAGUUUUUUGGGAGUACACUUGUUAGAAAAAUAUUGAAACGGGUAGAGGUACCGCCGUACUCCUAGAUAGCGCUUGACUGAAUUUUGGCUGAAGUGUCUUUUACAUUCAUUGCUGUUGUAAAGUAACACUAACAAGAUUGCCGCCUAAAAAGUUUGAUGAUAACAUCUUUAAUGUUUUAAGCGCUGCUUUUAUUCUAAUAUGAAGUAGUGGUGUAAGCUCGUGGAUUUAACCCUAAAAGAGCCGGGUAAUGUAGGACUGUCUGGCCCCAGGACCCGGCUGUCCCAUUCCCGACUUUUUAAAAACUUGGCACGCAGAUAAAACACUCCUUAUUAGUUUGAAUGUGGAGUUAAAACUCAAUCUGAUGUAUGGUUUAUUACGGUUGUUUGGAGUUCAAGGCCACACACGUCAGCCCGUGUGCAUUGAGCGCAGCAAAAGUUGGCUGUAUGACCACUUAUCUCACAAAAAUUGGUGCUAAGCGAAAACUUUACGCUCGAUUUUCAUAUACAUGGUGUCAAAAUGCCCGCAAAGAGUUUGGGGUGGGGGGUGGGGUCUUCUCAAUCUUCGGCUCCUGAAAAAAAGUCAUGUCACGAUAUCGGAAAAAAAGUCGGUUUGGGGUCCAUUCUGCCCCGACUCUUUUAGGGUUGACUUGCUAUUGAUGGGACACAAGGGCGUAGAUUCAAAUCUACAACUUGGGGAUGGAAUCCCUCAACCUGCCGACUGUGAUAUUUUGGAACACGGGCUGAUGUAAGGAGAUUUUUUUUCUAACACACUUGGGCUGAUGGAUAUGCGUUUAUACACUCGCCGUAGUUUUCCCCUCUUUUCAAGGCAUGACAAAAGAAUAUAGAACCGUAUUAUUAUGAUGAAAAAAAAUAAAAAAAUAAGUGUCAGAUUCACUACAGCCCAUUUUGUGGGCAGCAUGCAGCUAUUGUGCGCUAAUUGUCCAUGCUUACUGAUGCUUAAUGCACCAUUUUGGUUCUAACAACUGAUAAAAUCAUGUCGCAACUCCCUAUUAACAGCUCUGCUUACGCACAUUUGCAUGACAUGUAUUAAAAAAAAGAGGACUUGAAAGACUUACCUUAAGAACAAUGUCUUGGUAUUAAAUUAUCAAAUCUGACACCACUGAGAGCAAUAGUCCCAUAUUACCUGCAAGUAAUUUACCGAUUUCUGUAUUGGCUCCUGGAUUACUUCCCCUCUUCUGUCUUUUUCUCUUCCUUGUUUUUAUUUUAAAGGACAUUAAUUUUACUGAGAUCUAUACGUGCACGUUGCGUCAGUAUACUCAAUAGACAGUUCAGCACCCGUUUUUCAAUUCCUCUGCAAAGGCUGUCUUUUGGUUUUUUUCUGUUUUUUUCUUACUAAUAAGUUCCCAAGUAUAAUGAAAUGGACACUGAUAUCAAUUGCAACAUUAUCUGGGUAACGUGAUCUAAAGAUGACGAAAACAAAAGUAAUAAAACAAAGGAUUUUUCUAAUUGAUAAAAAAAUGAACCACUGGUAAUAGCAGUGCAGUACAAACCAAGAAAAAUAUUUCUCACUCUCUGGAAAACUGAUGGAAUUGCUUUUGAACCAAUGCAGACCUGCACACGUGGCAGUUUUACACAGAAACAUUGUAUUUGAAUGUACGGCUAACUUGCUAUAUGUUGUUGCACUAGCGGAAUAAAUUUUCUUAAGUACAGAGCA